GGUCGGGUGAACUUAGUUGGGCCAUAGAGUUCGAAUACUGCAGGCCGUCGACACGAUCGCAGACCUGUAUCUGUAGAACUUGCGAAAUAACAGUGACGUGGUAAAUACACUUGUCAGGAUAUUAGUAACUUUAUCUUGUUUAUGUAGGUCAGAGUUUUACUGCGUUGUUCUGUUUUGUGGAUAUUUUCCGUGGAUCUUAAACGGAGAAAGUGGAAAAAAACGACAACACACAAAAGUUAUUUGACCUUCUCAUUAGGUUGUGCGGAAGAGAAAACAACUUUUGUUGAAAAGUCACUCUUCGACUCAAAGUGGGCUCGACCCGCGAACUAAGCGAUUGGCACAAGACGGCACGGAGGUCUUACCGACCGAGAAAGGACAACUCCUUUCGUCAUCAGGAAGUGCGUUUCCGGAAGUGAGCAAGUGUUUGAAGGUCAAGGACGGUGUACAGGAAGUAGCAAAGCUUUCACACAUUCAGUCUCUUACAUUGCCAGUGUUUGGACGAGAUAAUGGCCAAAUACACACUACAAACCUGACUGGAUAGAUAAACUAACAGCGAAAGGUUUUAUAAAUGAUACGUUUUGGUUAGUUACCCGAACACAGCUGUGUAAGAAGACUAAACCAUGUCGAAGGCACCUCACGAUAACUUGGCCACUUUCAAAUUGGUGGUGGUCGGCGAUGGUGGUGUGGGCAAAUCAGCCCUGACUAUUCAGUUCUUUCAGAAAAUGUUUGUUCAAGACUAUGAUCCCACUAUUGAAGAUUCAUACAUUCAACACACGGAUAUAGACGGACAGUGGUGUAUUCUGGACGUGCUGGACACGGCAGGACAGGAGGAAUUCAGUGCCAUGCGGGAGCAGUAUAUGAGGAAAGGGGACGGAUUCCUCCUCGUCUACUCCGUCACAGACAAACAGAGCUUUGAAAACAUCAGGAACUUCCACACUCAAAUAUUACGGGUAAAAGACAGGAACAACUAUCCCAUGAUCCUUGUGGGCAACAAAGUGGACUUAGUGCACCAGAGAAAAGUCAGCGAAGACCUCGGGAGAGAUCUCGCAUCUGAGCUGCGUAUUACCUACAUUGAAACCAGUGCCAAGGACCCACCCCUUAAUGUAGACUUUGCCUUCCAUGAAGUGGUCCGAGUUAUCAGGUCACAGCCAAUAGAUUUGAAGAAACAAAGAAACCGGAGAAGAAGCAAGCAGAGAAAGUGUUCAAUCCUUUGAUGUCCAUCAAUCAUUGUCAUCAAUCCUUUGAUGUCUGUCAAUCAUUGUCAUCAAUCCUUUGAUGUCUGUCAAUCAUUGUCAUCAAUCCUUUGAUGUCUGUCAAUCAUUGUCAUGAAUGCUUUUCAUUGUCUGAUCCUUAAGGAUUGCUGGUCAUCCUACAUUCUUGAUUGGAUAGAAGAUGUGUCAGUGAAAUGUAUUCCGUAAAUCUGUAUAUAGUGGCUUAGAUGUAUGAAUUCAUCCAAUAUUUUGUGUAGUUUUUCUAGAUUGACAACUCUAAAACCCAGCUGCCUUAGGACAUCACAUUAAACCUAUGGGGUUUAAUCAUCUGUGGAUUGUUAAUCAGCUGGGAAUAGGGAGUCAGUCGUAACGUACUGCUGUACAGGUGAAUCUGCCUACCAGGAUCCGGGCUGUACAGCCAAUCAUCUCAGAGUCGAAACUAAAUGUCCUUUGGGAGGCAAAUCGGUGAGAGAAACUGGCACUAAGCCUAUAGCCCUUGCAAACUUCCCAAUAGUUAAGGUGUCAUGAGGACAAGCAGAAAUGUGCCAUUGUUAGGGUUUUGCUAUAUAUUAUCAUUAUAAGGACUAAAAAUGUUUCAAUUGCUGCAAAUAGGGAAAACGUCAUUAUGUUGCUAGGUAUUCGGAUGUUUUAGAAUUCUCUCAUGUAUUUUACCAAUGUAUUCCCAGCAUUUUAAGCCAUCGUCUACAACUAACCAUUAAGGCUGUCUCUUUCUGUUCAUGAUGUUUUGCAACGUUAUCAGUGCAAGUCUAUAAGGCCAAGACAUAGUGUUUUCUACGUUAACAUGAAUUUGGAAGGUAUUUAAUUCCAAUUUAGUAAUUUUACUGAUGUUUGUUGCAGAGGUAUCAUAUCGGCCUCAAGGUUGGCCCAGAUAAAACUCUGUGUCACCCUUUGUUAGGUUAAAUGAUUGGAAUAUGUGUAAAAAAUGUUUUACAGUACCAAUAUUUUUUAACUUUUGUCUACCAAUAUCCUCACAAAUAUGAUUUGUUAGGUUGUUUAAAUGACAAACAUUUUUCAAGGAAACUGGGAUAAUUGUCAUUUAUAAUGCUAGAGGACUAAGAUAAUAUUGCACCAUUAUAUUCAGGGACAUUCCUUUGUAAGUAGGACACAUUCCACUAAAGGAUGAAGACAUUAGUAACCUUGUACGCUUUGCAUCCCUUACGAUUGUCGUAAUCUCCGUACUCCAACUUAAGUCUACCCUUAGAAAAAUCCUACUUGCAGUUGUGGAUGGGCCAAGGGGACAAUGGAGCUGCUAUUGCGUGUGGCUCUCGUAGUGCCUGUGCUUUUACAUAGACUUGCUGUGUUCCUUGUUGGGAUCACUUCUUGUAAUGUGGCCUCGAGUCGAGGCACACAGAGCGAUCAAGGCAUGUGCCAACUGCAACUCCCAUACCUUAACACGGACCAACCAUUGUCGGAGAAACAAUCAGUUGUUGAAACCAGUAGUUUUAUGUCACAACUCUGAAGUUGGCAGUCUGGUGUUGAUGGUCAGCCGUGACAUACAUGUAGUGGUAGCAAGCUCAAAGAUCUGAUUGUCAUGAGAUUGGGUGAUGUCUGACCAGCAUGACGAUGUAAUGUCUGGGUGUGGAUACAGCAGUAACGUUACAAUGGUCAGUUUCCCGUAACUAUGGAAACACACGAUCAUGUGAUGUAAUGUCUUGGUGUGGAUACAGCAGUAACGUUACAAUGGCCAGUUUCCCGUAACUAUGGAAACACAAAUGAUCAUGUGAUCAAGGUGACUUACUGAACCGAGGGAAAACAGCUUUAUACAAAGCAAGGAUUUUUUAGAAUGUUUUGUAGAAAAUCCAUAGGAAUUUAUUUUUUCAAUCAAUCUGGCUGUUGAAACAGGUUGAGUAUAAUUGAGUCGUUGAUUAUCAACGGUAUUGUAUAUCAUUCUGGUAUGAUAUAUACACUAGCUCCAUCUCACAUCACAAGUGGUACUUAGCACAGAAUAUUUGUCACUCAUAAUGUUGAAACCAACUUCAAGUCAAAAUGCCUCUUCAGGAGUUUGGAAUAGAGAAACAUUCAAAUUUGCAGUCUCGUUCAAGCUGUCGCUAGAUAUGUUUAAUGAAUCUGGAUACUGUCAUUACAUGAGCUUUGAAAGCUGUUUUCAAUAUGUUCUUAUGCUACAAUAUGUCCUGGUUGUAAUUGUGACAUCUCACUUGGUGAGUCGAGUCCUGAAAAUAUUGAUGUUAGUUUCAGGCAGUAAAGAGCAGUGUAACUUGGACUUAGCGUUGAAUGACAAUGAUAAAUUUAAUUAUUUUCUUACCAAUGGGUUAUUCAAGGUGACUGAAGACAAAGUGACUGGGAAAUAGGUCCUUGGUAUGUACCAUACUGGAAUGGAAAUAUAGUACACUAGAUAAUAGAGAAUGAUAGUGAGUUUUCAGCCAAGAAAUGACCACAAGGCAUUGAUAUAAUAAGAAGUCAAUCCUAAGUGAAGGGUAACAGUGCUAACUCAUUAAAAUAAUGGAUCUUGUUUUAAGUUCUUCUGACCAUUCUCCUGCUGAUAUAAUCACAUACAUAUUAUUAUUAUUAUUUUAUUUUUAUUAUUAGUAGUAGUAUUUUAUUUAUUUUAUUUUUUAAUUAUGAUGAUGAUGAUGAUGAUGACGACGAUGAUGAUGAUUAUUAUUAUUAUUAUUAUUAUGAUGCUAGAUGAAUCAUUUAGCUUUUUGCUCCCAUUUGGAGUCAGUCACCAGAAGUUCAGAAUAACUUUACAUAAUGUCCACAUGGGUAAUAUAGAGAUGUAUAUCCUGAUUGGCCAAAUGUGAUUGAUAUUGACAUCCAGCCUGUAUGAUGCUAUUCCAAUGAGCUGUUGUACUGUAAGUCAAGGCUUUGUACAUAGACACAUCAUGUAGCUGAGUAUGUCAGCCUUGUCCACGAUGGUUUCUAGAUGUUGUCUGUGUUGAACAUAAAGAACCAGGGAUUAAUAUCAAAUGCCAUUAUAUUCCAUAUAUGUAUUUUGCCAAACUGUUACCAUGGUUACACAGACCAUGAUUAUUGUAAUUUGAGGGAUCAUAUCAAAAGUCUUCUACUGUAUUAAUUCUUUUCCCUUUUUUAGGAAAUGAAAUAUUUAUCAGCAUUUAUUACCAUGAUUACCGCGCUGUUAUGUAUGCAAGAUUUUAUUACUGCAGAGCAGAAGGUGGAUGGUUCGAACCCAUGUCUGCAUAGUUCCAAACAUUAAAAGAUGGUGCUUGUUGAUACUAUAAGUUGUCUGCCAAGCUCAAGGGACAUAUUAUGUGACGUGCCCUGUGUGUGAGCCUAUGUACAACCAUUUCUCUUCCCUAAUGGCUAUUUCACAUCAAGAAGUAUGUCUUUGUAC